GUUGCACUCACACUUCUUGUCUCAACCGACAAUUUACUGACACAUAGAGGCCUUCUUCUCAAAGUAAAGAACUCCCACUCACACCCCAACAAAAUCUUACAUCAUAUAACCAUUCACAAAACCAAACUCUCCCUUUACUCACAUAACACAACACCUUCUCCUCUCUCCCUCUCUCCCAAAUUUUGUUCAAUUCACUUCCACAAUUCUCUCUCAAAUGGAUAUCAAAAUAUUCAUGUUCUCCUUCAUAAUAACCUCAAUACUAUUCUUCUUUCUCUUCAUCCCAACAAGACUAACCCUUCAAAUCUCAACAAUAAAACCAACUACCAUGGACUACUUCAACAUCCUAAGAACAAACCAAACCUACCCAGUUACAUUUGCUUACCUAAUCUCAUCCUCCAAAGGAGACACUACAAAACUCAAAAGAUUACUCAAAGUGCUAUACCAUCCAAACAACUACUACUUAAUUCACAUGGACUUAGGAGCACCAGAUUCAGAACACAAAGAUAUAGCAACAUUUGUGGCCAAUGAUCCUCUCUUUAGUCAAGUUGGGAAUGUUUGGAUUGUUGGGAAACCAAAUUUGGUUACAUAUAGAGGACCAACUAUGCUUGCAACUACUCUUCAUGCUAUGGCAAUGCUUCUUAGGACAUGUCAUUGGGAUUGGUUUAUUAAUCUUAGUGCUUCUGAUUAUCCUUUGGUUACACAAGAUGAUCUGAUUCAGGUUUUUUCUGAGGUGCCAAGGGAUUUUAAUUUUAUACAACAUAGUAGUCGUUUGGGUUGGAAACUAAAUAAGAGAGGGAAGCCAAUGAUUAUAGAUCCAGGACUAUAUAGUGUGAAUAAAUCAGAGAUUUGGUGGAUCAUUAAGCAAAGGAAUUUGCCAACUUCUUUUAAACUCUACACAGGUUCAGCUUGGACAAUAGUAUCAAGAUCAUUUGCUGAAUAUUGCAUAAUGGGUUGGGAAAAUUUACCAAGAAUCCUACUUCUCUACUACACGAAUUUCGUCUCAUCGCCAGAAGGAUAUUUCCAAACAGUUAUAUGCAACUCAGAAGAUUACAAGAACACCACUGUCAACCAUGAUCUUCACUACAUUACUUGGGACAAUCCUCCAAAACAACAUCCUAGGUCUCUAGGACUUAAAGAUUAUAGGAAAAUGGUUCUGAGUAUGCGUCCGUUUGCGAGAAAAUUUAAGAGAAAUGAUCUUGUUCUUGAUAAGAUUGAUAGAGAGCUUCUGAAAAGGUAUAAAGGCGGGUUUUCUUUUGGUGGAUGGUGUUCUAAGGGUGGAAAGAACAAAGCAUGUUCGGGUUUGAGAACUGAGAAUUAUGGUUUGGUUAAACCUGGUCCUGGCUCAAGAAGGCUCAAGAAUUUGUUUAAGAAAAUUCUGUCUGAUAGAUUUUUUCACCAAAUGCAGUGUAGGUGAACAUUUUUUAUAUAUAAAUUGGAUAUCACAUUGGUUUGUUUGGAUAUAAUUUUGUAAGAGGUUGAGAGAUUCAAAUUAUUUAAUAAAAUUGAUUUUGAGAUAAUUA